AUAUAACUCCAAAAUAUGGACAACAAAAGCAACGCUGAAGUACAUGUUAUAGUGUUUCCUUACCCAAUUCAAGGCCACAUCAAUCCCAUUCUCCAAUUUUCUAAGCAACUGUCUUCGAGAGGCCUUAGAGUUACAUUAGCUACACUUUUACUUUCUCCUCUAAGUUCAAGAAGCUGCAAUCAAGCUCAAACACCAUAGAAACCAUAUCCGAUUGUAGCAACGAAAAGUCGCGACACCAGAAAAUAUUGAUGCAUACGCUGAGAGAUUUGAUGUUGUUGCACAAAGUAAGGAGUUUAACUCAACUCAUUGAGCAGAAAAUUGGAAAAUGUUAGAUGUCUUAUAUAUAUGUGAGUCAAUUAUUCCAUGGGCUCUAAAUCUAACUAAGAGAUUGAAGAUCUAUGGUGUGACAUUUUUCACGCAAUCUUGUCUAGCUAGCUUGAUAUAUUAUCAAGUUUAUCAAGGCAUCUUGAGUGCACCAAUUGAAGGGCCUGGAGUUAUUUGUGUUGCUGGGAUGCCAUUCAUUGAAGCUAGGGACUUACCAUCCUUUGUUCGGGUGGUGGGAGUGCAUCCUACCAUAGAGAAGCUUGUGCUUAAUCAAUUCUCAAAUUGUGGAGCGGCUGAUUGGCGUUUCUGCAACACUGUUGAAGGCCUUGAGAGUAAGGUGGCAGUGGCACUACGGCAGCGCGAAUUACACCCGUAGGACAACAAGACAUCAACUCAGCAAGCACUGAAGCGAAUUGCGAUGGACUCCGGUAGGUGGUAACCACCAACGACCACUGACGGCAGGAGGUAGAGCAAUCCGGCGAUUAAGUUACCCCCAACAAAGCACUCGAAACAUACUCAAGUAAAUCAAAUUGAAAAAAUUCCCAAAAACCUUACUCAUAUUCUUAAUUUCAUAAUAUCUUAAUAAUUCACUUGAUUGAGACUAAAUCUAAUGAGUAUUGCAUUAUAGAAAUCCAAUUCUUCCCUAUUUAAAUUGUAGAAAAAAAUUCUCGUUGCCGUAUUUAAGGGAAAUUUAACAGCUAUUAAUUUUUUGGGAAAUAUGAAAAAUUUCAACGAGUUUGAUGGAGGUUAGUGAAAAUUUUGGAAAUUAAAAGAAGAUUUUAAUGUAGAUCUUUGAAAGAGAGAAAGAAAGAGUGAUUGAGUGAAGAACCGAAGAAGAGUAGAAGACCAGGAGUCGAGGAUUUUCUUUCUCGGUUUAGUGAAAAAUACGCGUGUGAGAUACUUAGAUUAGUUAGUUUUAAUUUUAUUUUUUUUCCUAGUUCUAUUUUAAAACCUAGAGGAUUGAUCCCUUUUUAGACUUGGGCCCUUGGCCUUUGCCCUUCCAAACACCCCUUAGGAUCGGGCCUGAUGAGAGAGAAACUGAAAAGGUGGAGAGAGAAA